CAACUUUCAUACGAAUCAGUGUUGCCAAUGACACGGCAAAUGCUGCUUUUUUACGGGUUUUUAGAUUGUCUUUAAAAUACAACCGUGAUUUCAAAUCAUAAAUAAAUGUUUUAUGCAAAGGAAAUGAAUUAAUUUCACAUUUGACACGGCCAUAUUUCGAUAAGUUCGUAAAAACACAAUUUUCGAUCAUCCAUCCUGUUGGUAGCACUGAGACUGAGCACUGAACGAAUUUAAUUUUGUAUUUUAUUCGUAUUUUGUGUAAAAAAAAAAGAGGUGAAAAGAAGAAACAUUACUGAAUUGUUGUAAGUUCUUUAAAUUAAAAUCUGAUAUCUAAUUAUUGAGAAAUUAAAAAAUAGGUAAAAUACAGUUUCAUCAAAACAAAGCUCAAAACUGGUUUGUUUUCAGUAAAAUUUUAGGACAGGGUCGGCUUCAGUGUCAUCUCGGAAUAAUUUGAAUUCCUCCUUUGAACCUGAUGAACCAUUCAUGGUUGAAUGAAUGCUGACCAAUUGAUGCAUAUUAAAAAGAUCUAACUUAAAAAAAGAUGUAGGUAUAUCUAUGCAAUCUAUACGUCUAUUAUAUACCUAUAAAAAAGUUUACAUGAAUGAUAUUCCCUAGAAGUAUUAUUCAAAUUUUCCACUAACUAAAUACAUAUAGAUUUCAAGAUAAAAAUGGACAAUUUAGCAAAAAUAACAGAACUGUACAAUUGUAUAUUAGAUAAAUGUGAGUUACUAAACAUACAACCUGAAACCUUGAACCACAGUGUGAGAAUAUUACUGAUAGUCUGUCUAAAUUAUUCUUUAGACGAAAAUUCAGUUCCCCAGGAAAUUAAACUGUUAGAAAUAGAAAGUAUCUUAGAUUUUCUAAAUGACGAAUUAAAUACAGGGCAUUGGAGUGAGGUACCUAUUCAAACAAGACGGUAUUUCACAACAGCCAGCUUUGCAAAAUGCCUUAUUACCUUAAAAAAUAGUCAGGAAUACAAUGAAGAACUUUUAAAAAAAUGCUUGAAAUGUGUAGACUUAGGAUUAUUACUAGGAGCGCCUUUAGAACAUAAUCUGGAAUUAUUAACUAGCUCUGCCAAGUAUUUAAGGAAAGUACUAAAUAAACUUAUCGAAUCCAUCGAAAAUAAAAGUAAUACAGAAAAUAAUGCUAGUAAAAGAGGUAUAGAAGUUCCCAAAGAAUUUUUAAAUCUGCCAGGAAAAAAUGUUGAUUCUAUUGAGUGUCCUUCAUUGGAAUUUUUUAACAAAACUUACUUUGUGCCUCAAAUACCAGUGAAAUUAAAAAAUUGUAUCCAACACUGGCCAGCUCUUAAAAAAUGGCCUAAUAUAACCUAUUUGCUGGAAAUCGCUGGUGAUCGAACAGUUCCUAUAGAAAUAGGAUCACAUUAUGUUGAUGAAACCUGGACUCAGAAGUUGAUGACGCUCAAAGAAUUUAUUCACAAACAUUACUUGUCAGAGAGUGGAGAUAUUGGUUAUCUGGCGCAACACAAUUUAUUUGAACAGAUAACUGAACUAAAAGAUGAUAUCUGCAUUCCAGAAUAUUGCUGUUUAAGCUUAGAUUAUGAUAAUACUACUGAACCAGAUAUAAAUGCAUGGUUAGGCCCUGUAGGAACUGUAUCACCUCUGCAUCAUGAUCCAAAAAACAACUUGCUUGCUCAGAUAUAUGGUACUAAACAAAUUAUCUUGUUUUCGCCGAAGGACACCCCAUAUUUAUAUCCACACGAAGAUAAAUUAUUGAAUAAUACGGCUCAAGUAAAUCCUGUAGUACCAGAUUUGCAAAACUAUCCUAAAUUUACAAAAACCACAAUGUUUAAGUGCCUUCUAGAACCUGGUGACAUGUUGUUUAUCCCACUCAAAUGGUGGCAUCACGUUAUGGCCCUUGAUAAAAGUUUUUCUGUGAGUUUUUGGUGGCAAUAAAGGUUUUUGGAGAAUUGCAGUUUUUCAUAUUCCAAGUACCACAUCA